AAAAGGAGCCCAAACCGAGGAGUUCUUCCUGCGCGCGCUUGUAGUAACACACAUUUCGCGCUCCACUGGGCUGCGCGUGGAUUUCAGCCAGCGCGCUUGACCCCAAACUUAUUGUUAUCAUAUUGGGGGGUCAUGAGGCGUGCGCGGGGGCUAGGGCGUGCGGCCUUGGGCGGCAUGGCCGCUUAUGAAAGUGCGAGUUCGAGAGUUUGGGCCUUGGCGCCUGUUAAUGAGUCAGAUACGUUAUAUUGUAUCAUAGCUAUAGGUCUCAGGCUUGGUCGCCGCGGAAAGCCCACUUCCAGGGGGGGUCGGGUAGAAAUUUCGGUGGCAACCGACAGCUAACCGCCGAGUUGGACACCCCGAACCCCUGCUGCGAUACACAUAGCUUAGCGCAUUUAUAACUCGCCCCACGCGCGUUUUUUUGCAAGUUGUCGACGAGCCUUGUGCCCUGACAUGGACCCGGAACAGGCACGGGAGGAGCUGCGCACAGUCCUUAGAACCUUUGGGGCUGAAGUGACGCUGUUCAAAGACCCGCAUCUGGACAUAAUGUUGGGAGCCCGCUAUAGCAGCACACACACGCUGAAGAGUGCAUCUCGGGAGGGCCUCACGUCCACCGGGUUGCCGGUUGGCCUCGUUGACUACAUUUUGGCGCUGAAAGGCGGCGCGACGGCUGGCACCGGCCCAGGGAGCUCGGCAGCUGCCGACGUGGCGCGCAAGGACCAUGUUAUUGACGGCAAGCAGCUACUGGCAGAGUGGUACCGCAGUGUCACGGGGGCCAAAGAGAAGACCUCGUGACUCUUUGCCACGCGCAUGGGCCUGGCAUGUGACGCGCUGGCGUUGCUCCUGGCGGCUUCAACCUGGCUGGGGCACCAUCUGGAGGCUGGGCCGCGGCACGGCGUGUGUGGGCAUCCUGUGUGUCCAGCACAGCUGGGUCGUUUAGGUGGUCCCUGCCGAUGGUCGCCGCGCUCCUGCACGGCUGGAUACCGUAGCCCGCAGGGAACGGGCUGUAAUGGCCCCAGCCGGGUUUCGAGUGUCCUCCCGCCUCCAAAACUUUGCUCGGGCAGGAAACAAUGUAAGGGCCCCACACGACAUUCGAAGACCCGACACAGCCUACGUACGCCGUGAAUGCUCGACACUCUGUUGUGUGUGGCUACAAGGUGGUGGUUACAAGGUAGUGGUGACCACACACAACAGAGUGUCGAGCAUUCAGGGCGUACGUAGGAUGUGUCGGGUCUUCGAUUGUCGUGUGGGGCCCUUACCGUGUUCGUGUUGGCGUGGUGUCAUGACCUAGUGACCGUGCGUAUCGUGUGACAUGUCACAUGCGGGAGAUCGGCGGGCAAACGAGGGGUAAGUGCCUGGUGGUUGCCCUUGACACGGUGUAUUGAUUGCAUGGAGGAUUGGAGCCUGGAAUGCCAGAGAGAAUCAUGGCGCGUGAGAUAGAGCGGCUUACCGCCGUCUCUCUACACGAUCCUACGCAAGUUGGUCUUUGUUCCUGUACAGAGCGAGCGGGCUGGUGCGUGUGUGCCUGCGGCGGUUUUUCGUGUUGGUGUUGGUUUGGGCACGGGUGCUGGACGGGGGUGCUUUCGUUUCCUGCUCUGUUCUGUUUUUGGGUUACUUCGCCUGUUUUUGGGGGCCCGGUCUGCCCUGCUUUGCCCUUGGAUGCGUUUCGGUGGCUGCUGGUGCGGAUGUCUCUGGCGUUCUGCUUGCUCGCGUUGCAGGUUGUGUGCCCAUACGUGUGCCUUGUCCCCUCCUUCUUGUAACCACUCUCUGGGCCGCGUAAGCUUCUUUGUAAGCACUCUCAGAA